GGCCGCUCCCGGAAGUGGGGGGGCCGAGCAGCUGACAGCAACAUGGCGGCGGCAGCAGCCGGGCGGCGUGGCGGGGGGUUGGGGCGGCCCCCGGCGCCCGCCCCUGUGCCCGUGGGGGACCUGCCGCCCGCCGGCGAGUUGGUGCGGCCCUCGGUGACAGAGCUGUCCCAAGUGCGGACCAACAUCCUGUGCACGGUGCCCGGCUGCGGCAAGGUGCUGCCCAACAGCCCGGCCCUCAACAUGCACCUCAGCAAGGCCCACCCGCUCCAGGAUGGAAAACUUAAUGCGCCAAUAAGGAAAGGUUUGAAAACUUCACAGAAAUUCUACUGCUGUCCUAUUGAAGGCUGUCCUAGAGGACCAAACAGACCAUUUUCUCAGUUUUCUCUUGUAAAACAGCACUUUAUGAAAAUGCAUGCUGAAAAGAAGCACAAAUGUGAUAAGUGUAGUAACUCCUAUGGUACAGAAUGGUAUUUGAAACGGCACAUAGAGGUCUGUGGCAAGACUUUCCAGUGUACUUGUGGGUGCCCUUAUGCCAGCAGAACCGCAUUACUGUCUCAUAUUUACAGAACUGGCCACGAAAUUCCUGCAGAACACAGGGAUCCUCCUAGUAAGAAAAGAAAAAUGGAAAGCUCCAUCCAUAAUCAGCAGUUGGCAGAGAAAGCAAACGAAGCAUUCGUCAAUACACACAACAAUAAUCCUGGCACUCAGGAACUGGAGUCCUCGGAAGUGAAACUAGCGGCCUCUCUUGAAGGCUCCCGCAGUUCUAACUUCACGAACCAAAUGCAGCCAAAAUGUACACCCAAGAUGCUUUUACCAAAGCCCAAGAUGGCUUUGGUUAAACUCCCAGUGAUGCAGCUGGCUCCCCUGCCUGUGUAUGUAUCUGCAACAGACUCUGCUGUCAAACCUGCUGUAGUAGCUGUUGAUAAUCACGGUUCAGUUGUAAGUACUGUUCAUUUAUUGCCUCAAUCUAUAGGAAUUCUGAUUCCAGCACUGGAGGCAGAAACACUUGUAUUUAAAGAUAGUAUGCCUGUUUCAAAGGUGACAAAUUCUGGUGAUCAUGAACCAGUAAGUACUGGGGUACAAGUUGACUUGGAUAAAGUUGCAUCGAAUAACACGGGGCAAGAGCUGGGGAAUGUUUGUCCCAAGAAUAAAAUUUCUUCAAUAAAUAUACAGACUGACCUAUCUUAUAUUUCACAGAACUUUGUACCGGCUGCAGCCUGGACUCCCAGUUCCUCUGUAUCCUCUUGCUCUCAGACAGAUCUGUCGUUCAGUUCACAGGUUUCGUUACCCAUCAGUGUACAAACGCAGACGCUGCUGCCUGCUUCCAAACUAACUUCAUCCAUAGCUGCUCAGACUGAUGCAUUUAGUCAGGUUUGUUUUCCAACGUGUGGCAUUUCUAGAGAGACUCAAACCAGUAGGACACAGGACUCGCUGGAUGGCAGAGUGCAGAUGGACCAGGCUGUGAUGUGCUCGGACAUCUUUGACAAUGUUCAUCCGCCAUAUAAUGUUUCUACUCACAUUGAACUUCCAGAAAACAGCUUAAUGCCUGCAAAUAUAGAUCAAACCUUGCUGCAAAGGAGUAAUUGCAAGAGCCUGAAUCAAGAUACGGUUAAGUCUGAAUCCCUUAUCAGCUUCAACACACAGACUAACAUACUUCCACCUCAAAAUACAACGGAUAAUCAAACCCAGACAAUGGACCUACUAAGUGAUCUGGAAAACAUCUUUUCAGGAAAUAUGUCUGGCCAGACACUGGAUAAUCGUGGCCUUUUGUCUCAGACAAGUUCUAAUGCUGAUACACAUCUGCCAUCUGGUCCAUCACAGAGCACGGGAAUAGACUUUGACAUUGAAGAGUUCUUUUCAGCAUCCAAUAUCCAAACUCAGACUGAAGAGAGUGAGCUUGGUACCCUGAACUCUGAGCCAGUUUUGGAGUCACUGGACAUUGAAACACAGACUGAUUUCUUAUUUUCAGACAGUGCCACUCAAUCGUAUAGCUGCCGAGGAAAUUCUAACUUCUUAGGUUUGGAGAUGUUUGAUACACAGACACAGACAGACUUGAAUUUCUUCUUGGACAGUAAUACCCAUCUGCCUUUAGGAAGUAUUCUGAAGCAGUCUAGUUUCUCCAUGAGUACUGACUCAUCUGAUACGGAAACCCAGACAGAAGUGUAUCCGACUACUAAAAAUAUACCUACUCAGAACAUGGAAAGCAAAGUCCAGCUCAGUAGUGCUGAAACACAGACUAUGGAUAGCUGCUUCGAGAAUCUAGGGAGUCUGUUCCUCACCAGCAACGAGACACAGACAGCAAUGGAUGACUUUCUUCUGGCUGACUUGGCCUGGAAUACAAUGGAGUCCCAGUUCAGCUCAGUGGAAACACAGACCUGUGAAGAGCUGUGCUCCUUGUUUCAGAGCUCUGCCAAGCCCAGCCAUUGAGCGCUACGGAACAGAACUCUUUUCUGUGCUUUGAAAUUAAGUUAUUGGGGUGGGAGAGGCAGAUUGACCAAGAUAUCCGCUUUGCAUCAUUGAAUGUAGUUGUCAUGAGCAGUUGGCCCAAGAGGCUUCUCAUGCUGAAGGUCCUGUUUGCGUAUGUAACAUUACAUAAGCUACAUGUCUGUAAAAGGGGGAAGGGAGGACUGUAACUUGUUAAUGUAUGUUUGAACCUUGAAAAAUAUUAUGUGGUGCCUAUGUUUUUUCCUCAAACUUCUUUAGAAAGCUGAUGCUGCUUUCAUUUAAGUGGAAGAACUUGUAAAGUGGUUCUGUGUAUAUCUCUAUUCCUGGCUUAUGUAUACGGUUCCAAUGUGCUGGACCAAAACUCUGACCUGUCCAAUUCAGAUGCUUCCCUGAACUUAUGGGGAGGAUUCUAUUAGUGUAAGCUGCUUCUGUUUACUUUUUUUAGUAGCUUGUAUUUGAAAUUUGACAUGAACAUAAUAAGCUGUAUUGUCUUCUUUUACUUUAUGCCUUUGCAGCUCUUUCUCCUGAAUAAGUGGGUAUUUUCCAAAUACCUGUCCAACACUAGAUAUAGACUCUUGGAAUUGUUGAAUAUAUUUAUAAUUUAAAAUAUGUAGACAGCAGUACUUAGUUGUUUGUUUUUUUUUCCCUGAGUGGCACUGAUGCCCUUUGAAGGGUAGGAAAAGAACCUGGAAUACAUAAUUAUAGGGAAAAUUAGUAUAUCAUCCUUUUAGCUAGUGUAAUAAAUGGGACUACCAUUUUUAGAGUCUUCAGGAGGGAUUUGCUUAAAUUAUUUCUGACUGUAAGAUGCAAAUGUUACAAUGUGUGUGCCUCAAAGACUGGAAUAAUUUCUUUUUGCUGAAGUUCUCUUAGCUCUAUUAAGAUGAAAGUUGAGAAAUGUUACGGUGGUUUAUACCUGUAUUACCUUAAUAGAAACCUUUAGAAAUGGGAAGUUAAAUUCUCUGAAACACUCACCUAGGGUCUUGUUUUUGGACUUUGAGCUUCCAAAAACAGUUGGAAUCCCAGAAACCUGGUCAGAACAGCUGUAACUUGCUUUUGCACAUUGAUCUGCAGGCCUCAGUUCCUGCAGCUUUUAGAGAGGUUUUCUGAGUAUAGUGAAAUUCAAACAAACUGAUUUUUCAGAGAAAAGACGUUCCAUCUUACCCUUUAUACCAUUGUUUGCAGUAUUUUUCAUUUGUAAGAAAAAAAAAUUAAGCCAGUUGUGAAUGUAUGUCGGAAUUUGGCCUUAACUCAUUUUAUCUCUUACUAUAAUACCUGUAAAGUGUACGCCUCUGCUUUUGUCCCAGGCAGGCUUAGUUUAUGUUACCUUAAAUGAAAAGGACCCUCUUCAUGUCAAAUUCCUGGGCCUGUCACAGGCUUUACUCCUCCAUUGUGAGAGGUAUCGGCUGCCUGUUUACUGGAUGGCCCAUCAGCAAUGUACAUUCAAGCCUUAGUUUUUGAAGACUCACGAUGCUUUGUGCUUCAUAUCCUCAACUCAGAUGUGGGGGUUCAGUUACUCAUCCAUUGCAGCCAGCUUGUUUUCUUGAAAAUGAGCAACACUCUUAAUUUUGUCUCUUCCUACCACUCUUUAAAUGGCCAUAGUUAACAUGCGGAUGUGGUAAGCAUCUCUGCUUUUACUUUGACCCUGAAACCACAGCUGUGUUGCCUGUUUAAGUUUUAGGCAUUUCUGGGUGUGAGUUCAGACGCUUCCAGUCUUUGGCUGAAGAAACUGCAGAAAGGAAUCAAGCCGUUUUCCUGGGGAAUACAGUGAUUUUGCUUUGGGGAGAGUCUCCCCCCAGGUUUCACAAUGUCUAGAGUUCUGAUUUUAAAGCUGGGAUGUAUUCAAAAAGGAAGGCAUCACUUGUAAUUCUGUUUCAUCUGAAGAUACAACUGAACCUUAUUUACCUUCGUACUUUGAAACUGAGAAUUAAGAUAAAUGACAAAAUUAGGUAUUCUACCACAGUAUUUUUCUAGUAAUGUUGCAUCUUCAGGUUGAUACAAAAAAAUCAAACAAAUGAACAUAUCGAAUCUGGGACGUGCAUUCUGUGAGAACAUAAACACAAACCAGCUGAAAGAUGAGAGGUCUGUCUUGUUGCCCUCCGUGUUUGUCGCAAUGCUAAAAGUUUGUACAACAGUAGAUGUUUGUUUCUGCUACUUUUGGCUUUAUUUGCAUCUACUUCUGCUAUUGUGCUUGUAAAUGCUUCUUUCUGUUUUAAGUAUGGAGGGAAUCAUACCCCCAGCCUAGAGAAACUGGUAGGUUAAAGUCAGAGUUUACUUACACUACGUAUUCUUAGCUAUGCAAAGCUGAUUGUGUCUAGAAAUUUUUUCUUCCAAAGGAUACAAAAUCUUACAAACUAUAUAUACUUGUAGCUGUAAAUGAAUCAGCUGUAACUCAAGCCUUGGGAGACCUUGUCUAGUUUUGAACAAUUCAAUCAGUGUCUGUAACUUAAUGUAGGAAACUAACACUUGUUACAAAUUCUUAUUCCAAGGCACACACACAGUCAUUUUUUUCUGUUGAAAACAAAAGGCUGCAUUUCCCUGUUAGUCACGUGUACCUUGAUUGUGUAGAGCAACAGAACAAAGAAAGAUGACUGCCUUGCACUGCUGUGAAUCCUCAUCCUGCCAACACAUGCUCAUGUGCUUAGUCAGAUCUGAACUGAGUUUGUGAGGUUGGGUAGAGGCUUGGGAUCUUAGAGUGUUAAGGGUUUUUCACUGGCAUUUCACAGAGAAGUUGAUAGGACUAACACAAUACAUCCUGGAUCAACAGAAGGUGCUCGACUUGCAAGAGAGUAUCUGUUACUGAAACGACGACUGAGAGGUGAACCAAAUGUACUUGCCUUUAUCAUGAAGGUUGUACAGCUUCUUUUGCUUUAAUCUUUUUCUGAUGCAUUGUUUUUUAAAAAUAUGAUCUUAAUGUACAGUUUACUGUUCCAAAUACAUUCAUACCAAAAUGUUGUUAACAUUCUGGGCCUUGUCAGCUUUGUCAUUCACGUUUGGUUUAAGGUGCUGCUGUGCUUGUGUUCCUAAUAGAACAGGCCCGCUGUGAACAGACUUCGCGCCAUCACUUUUUGUGAACACUAUGAGGACAUGGUUGUCUAGCUGUAGCAAGCUCCAAUGCAUGGUGCAAAUGUCUAUUUUCUGUUCCUUUUGUUGUUUUUAAACUGUUGAUGUGAAUUUAACUGUGUGCUAGAAGGGUGUGCUGCUUAGAGCAUGACUUAAUUUUCUCAUUUAAAAUGCCAUUGCUAUGCAAUGAACAGAACCAAGGACUACACCGUUCUGUGCUGCGUUGCCUUGCAGUCAGGUUGAGGGUAUGUUUGUAUUUGUGUGCGUGACUCUUCCGCUUCACCGAAAAUGAAAUCAGACAGCCCGAAACAGUGGAACCUCCUGGAGUUAAAUAACAGAAGUCUUUUGCUUCUGAUUCUCUUUCAUGUCCUGGCUUUACAGCAGUAUCUUCAGUGCAACUAGCAAUGAAUAUAAUAGAUGACUCGUGAUGAUGUAAACUGUACAACCUCCGUUUCACAACAACUUGUGCUUUAUGUGCCUGCUGCAGGCGCCGCAUGCAGAGCUGGAUUGACAGAACUGCUGCCUACAGGUACUUGCAAGCGCAUCUGCGAUAAAGCUAGAUAUGGAAGAUAGCCAUGUAUUUUUCAGCUUACAGAAUUCAACACCUGACUAUGAUCUCAUUUAAACUUGUAACUAUUUGGAAUGGAUGAGUAAUAAAUCUCAUGGGUGAGUCUUUCCCAAAGCAUGUGUGAGUUAUUCUCAGUAAGGCUGAGAAAUGUCCUUAGAAUAUUUUUCUUCCCAUCGCUGGUGGGAUCUCGAUCAGGUGGACAACUUUAGUUUUCAAAGGAUGUCCGUGUUUAAUUCUUGCUGUUUAAGCCAGUAAACUUGCAAUGAGCAGCAUUCAUUUCUUAGACUAUUUUACAAGUGACAAUCCCAAAGAAGGAAUGUUGUCCUAGUAAUUGUGAAACUUUUAAGUAUAUUAAUGCAUGCAGAGAAAAACUUGUGCCAAAAUGCUGUUUCAUAUUUCCCUCUGUUGGAAACUGAAGUGUUACACAAAGCUAUUAGUAAGUUAUUCACAAGUAUUGAAAUGUUUUGUUCACAAAUGAAGCACUUAGUCCUGUAAAUUAUACAUAUUUUGGAAUAAAGCUAACUUCAAUCA